UUAAGCGAAGGUAAACAGGAAGUAGCGUUAGCAGGCGAUCGAAAGUAAAAGACCACCAGAGAGAAGCAGCAGCGUUGCUACAUCAUGCCCCCCUCAGAUUUCAGAAGUUUGGUGCGACGGUUUUACGCACUUCAGGCUGAACGCGUGGAGGCAUACAAGCUUUUUGAAGAGGGUCAUGAGGCAUACUUGAGGACAGGGCCCCACUACGACUUUGACCAUUACAGACAACUGGUUCAUGAGAUAACCAAGGCAUUCUGUGGUAUCUCCAAAGAGGUGCUGGAGAUUAAAGAGCGCCUCCACCAAGAUUUUGACCGCCCAGAUCUCUCUGAACACAUUGAAAAGCUGCAGAUCAAGGAGAAGCAGAAACUGGAACUGACAGCUAAAUUGCAGCUGGCCAAGCAGAGUGCUCAAGAUCAUCCAGAUGAUGAAGGCUGUCAGGAGAAGGUCCAGGAGAUCAAACAGGAUAUUAUAAAGAACAAGGAGGCUCUAAGUGAGAUUCUACAGGACUUCAAGUAUGACUCAGAAGAACCGGAAUGAGAGGUAGAGGAUACCACCCAGUCAGAUAUAGGUGUUCUCUCCCACAGCAUUGCCUUUUGGAUCAGCUGAAGCUAUUGAUGCGUGCAGUGUGCACAUGUGCUGCUGAUGUGGACAUGUUUGGCAAGACUGAGUGUGGCUUAUAAGCUCAGAAAUCCUACUUUUUGCUUGUCCUUUUGGUGGUCUUGUUAAAGGAAUGGUUUGGCAAAAGAUCAACUUUAUACAAUUUCCAAACACCCCCAGAAGUAGCUGAGAUCAGCAAAGACAUUUGGUGUCCAAAUUUCGCUUCUUUAUUCGAGCAUUACAAAUUCCAUUAAAAAUAUUACCAGAAGUUCUCUCAGCCUGCUCAAACCAUAUCCAGGUCUUCAUUAAGGUCGUAAACACUUGUCAGGAAGGUUUAGGGCACAGUAUGAUGUGAAGAGGUGUCCGAUUCUGCGGGGCAGUCUUUAGAGAAAUCAGAUUUCAACCACAGCACCUGUUGUGUAACAUGCCUGCACAGCUACAUAGUGAAGUUUUGUUCAUUUUAUGUGGUUCGCAGAAAGUCAUACUGUGUCCUAAACCACACUGAUGAGUCUGCACAAGCUAAUGAUUAAGUGGUUUGAGUGGGUUGAGAAAUUUUGGGCACAUAUAUAGAAAAGACUUGUGUAUCUGUUGACUUCUAAUGUUUUUAGCAUCAUUAGCCUUGUAGCUCCAGUACUUAAAGAAGCAGAAUUUGGACACCAAGCCUACCUUGGCUGAUCCACUACAUCUGCGCUAAGAGGUAAAUUGUGUAAAUUAGGUUUUUUUUUUUUUUGCUAACACGUUUCUUUAAAAUACCAUCACUUUUUAUGAGCCAUGAAAUCAACUCCCAUAAACAAUAUCAGUUCAGAUUGUAUUGAAAGAGGCUGCAUAAUAUAUAUUAAAUAUAUUGUGAUUUUAUACAAAAAUAAAAGAGAAAACAUGUACAAGGAAUCAA